AUGAAAGCUGACUACCUGCAUAAAUUAGAAGAAGAGAAAGAGAAAGCAGUUCUGGAAUCUCUGGACAAAUCAGACAAAGAAAACAUAUCGGAUUUGGAAACACUGAAGUUCCUGGAUAAAGCUGACAAAAUUGCACUUAAAAAAACUGGUGGAGGGUGCUUCAUCCCCAUAUCCACAGCAAAGAUUAAAAAUUUUGGAACUAAUAAAGGAUCAGUCGAAAAUCAGAUAGUUGUUUGUGAAGUUAUUGAUGUUGACAACAAUUUUAAGGAAGUAAAUGAAAAACCAAAAGAUCAUAAUAUAAAGAAAAAUAAAUUCAGGACCCAGCAUAAGACUAUAAAAGAAACUCAAGGCCAAUCUGUGGUGUCUGCUAACAAGAAAAAAGGAAAGAAUAUA